GCGCGCGCAGGGCCGCUCUGGCAGGAGGGGAAGGAACCAGAGACUGCGAGAAGAAGUCGAGGUGGCGCUCGGCUCUACGGCCUGAGAGCCGCGCAGCCGGGUGUCGCUGUGCGGAGCCGGACCCCGCAGCCACGACUGCGCGUGGCGCUGGAGACUCGCGCGGAGGCAUGAUGCUCCUGGCCGGCGGGAUCGGCGAGGCUCCGGCAGCCCCGUGCUGCUCGGAGAGUCGUGACGAAAGGAAGAAGAAGAACACAGAGGAGAAAAGUGACAUAAAUGCCGCAGCUCCUGUUGGACGUGAACAAGUCAGCGAAGGUAUAGAUGAUGGUGAUUUUCUAUCAUAUGUGUCUUCAUUCAUAGAAAAGGAAGUUGGAAAUGACCUAAAAUCUUUAAAGAAGCUUGGUAAACUCAUAGAACAAAUGACAGAAAAUAAAGUAAAAUUAGAAGAGCAGGUACUUACAGUUUCAUCAGAAAUUCCUAAAAGAGUUCAGAGUGCCUUAAAAAAUGCAGAAGAAUCAAAACAAUUCCUUAAUCAGUUUCUGGAACAAGAAACUCAUCUCUUCAGUUCCAUUAGUAGCCACUUGCUGACCUCACAGCCCUGGAUGGAUGAUCUUGGGGCCAAGAUUAGCCAAAUUGAAGAGAUUGAACGGCAUCUUGCCUACCUUAAGUGGAUUUCACAAAUUGAAGAACUGAGUGAUAAUAUUCAGCAAUAUCUGAUGACCAGCAAUGUGCCGGAGGCAGCCUCCACCCUGGUGGCCAUGACACAGCUUGAUACCAAGCUUCGGGAAUCAUCCUGUGUACAUCUUCUUGGCUUCAUGAGAGCCACAGUUAAGUUUUGGCACAAGAUUCUCAAGGACAAGCUUACAAGUGAUUUUGAGGAGAUUUUAACCCAGCUCCACUGGCCAUUCAUCGCGCCUCCGCAGUCUCAGGCUGUGGGUGUGAGCCGGCCCCCCAGCAGCCAUGAGCUCUAUGGCAACCUGGAGAUGCUGUUUUGUCAGCUGCUGAAACUACAAACCUCAGAUGAAUUACUUACCGAGCCAGAACAACUCCCAGAGAAAUACUGUCUCCCUGUGUCCCCUCCCAUCAUCCUGCCCAUCCAGAUCAUGCUGACUCCCCUUCAGAAGAGGUUCCGCUACCACUUCCGUGGCAACAGGCAGACUAAUGUCAUAAGCAAGCCUGAAUGGUACCUGGCUCAGGUACUUAUGUGGAUUGGAAACCACACUCAGUUUCUAGAUGAGAAGAUUCAGCCAAUAUUAGACAAAGCAGGCUCUACAGUAAAUGCACGGCUUGAAUUUUCUCGGGGCCUUAUGAUGCUGGUUCUUGAGAAGUUGGCUUCAGAUAUCCCCUGUCUGCUGUACGAUGACAAUCUCUUCUGUCACCUGGUGGACGAAGUGCUCCUGUUUGACAGGGAGCUCCACAGUGCUCACAGCUACCCUGGCACUUUCGCCAACUGUAUGCACAUCCUGUCUGAGGAGACCUGUUUUCAGCGAUGGCUAACUGUGGAGAGAAAAUUUGCUCUUCAAAAAAUGGACUCGAUGCUUUCAUCAGAGGCGGCCUGGGUAUCCCAAUAUAAGGAUAUCUCUGAUGUGGAUGAAAUGAAAGUUCCAGACUGUGCAGAGACUUUUAUGACUCUACUCUUGGUUAUAACUGACAGGUAUAAAAACCUCCCCGCAGCCUCCCGGAAGCUGCAGUUCCUGGAGUUACAGAAGGACCUGGUGGAUGAUUUCAGGAUACGGUUGACACAGGUGAUGAAGGAGGAGACGCGGGCCCCGCUGGGGUUUCGGUACUGCGCGAUCCUCAACGCUGUGAACUACGUCUCGGUGGUGCUCGCAGACUGGGCUGACAACGUUUUUUUCCUGCAGCUUCAGCAGGCAGCGUUGGAGGUGCUGGUGGAGAGCAAUGCGCUCAGCAAGCUGCAGCUCGGGCAGCUGGCCUCCAUGGAAAGCUCUGUCUUCGAUGACAUGGUCAAUCUCUUAGAGCGCUUGAAGCAUGACAUGCUGGCCCGUCAAGUAGACCAUGCUUUUAGAGAAGUUAAAGAUGCUGCAAAGCUGUAUAAGAAAGAAAGAUGGCUGUCCUUGCCAUCCCAGGCGGAACAGGCGGCGAUGUCGCUGUCCAGCUCGGCGUGCCCAUUCCUGGUAACGUUACGGGACCGUCUGCUGCAACUGGGGCAGCAGCUGUGCUUCUCCUUAUUUAAGAUGUUCUGGCAGACGCUGGCGGAGAGGCUGGAUGUGUACAUAUAUCAGGAAGUCAUUCUUGCUAAUCACUUCAAUGAAGGUGGAGCGGCCCAGUUGCAGUUUGAUAUGACUCGGAAUCUUUUCCCCUUGUUUUCUCGUUAUUGCAAGAGGCCAGAAAAUUAUUUUAAACAUGUGAAAGAAGCCUGCAUUGUUCUGAAUUUGAACAUCGGCUCUGCGUUGCUUCUGAAGGACGUGCUGCAGACAUCUUCGGGUCAGCCUCCUGCCGCGGCAGCAAUGAAUGAAGUUGGGAUUUAUAAACUGGCUCAACAAGAUGUUGAGAUUUUACUUAACUUGAGGACAAACUGGCCUAACUUGGGAAAAUAGUGGGUCUUUCAGAAGAAGGUGGUUUUUGGGUUUUUUUGCUGUUGUUUUUUUAACAAAAUGAAAGGGAGUUGGAUUUCAAGUUGUAUGAUGAAGUUGUGAAUUAAUGAAACUGGACAAAUGAAAACUUUACAGAAUCAUUUAUUAGCUUGGAUUUUUUGGUGUUACUAAAAUGCCUUCCAUAUUUUCCAAGUCCUCAUGUUCCUAAGAAAAUCAAAAAACAGAAAACUCAGAAAACUAUGAAAACUCAGAUUCCAUUUACAAAUAUAAUGAUGCAUAUGUGUGUUGAAAAGAAAUACAAAAGCAAAGAUAAAUUAUAUUCAACUUUUAGUCUCCUGUGCUAAUUAAAGGAAUAUUACAGAUAAUGAAACACAGCCAAUAACAUUUUUUAAACUACUUAAGAAUACAGAGGUUCUUUUGUCCAGGUUAGAAGUUCACUGUCUUUCUAUAAAAAAACAUGUUAAGAAAUGGUGACUAAGAUAGGACUCUACAGAAAUUUUCUUCCAUUUAAAAUACUUUCAGGGCCGGGGAUUUAGCUCAUUGUUUCCGGUGCCUGCCUUGCAAGUGCAAGGUCUUGAGUUUGAUCCCCAGUACCAAAAAAAUAUAAAUAAAUAAAAUACUUUCUUGUUCCAUUCAGUUGAGUGGCAACCAUUCCUCUUCCGAUGAAACAUUUAGGCUCACAGUACUAUGCUGCCCUCGUGGUAAGGACUAUAAUUAAAUAUUUUUGUUUAAUAUUUAUAAAAUUGAUGAUGAAACAAAUUUUUUUUUUUUUUUUGGUACCGGGGAUCAAACUCGGGACCUUGUGCUUGCAAGGCAGGUGGCAGAACCACUGAGCUAAAUCCCCAGCCCCUAAAAAUCUUAACUUUCUUUCUUCUUCUAAUUUUCCUUGGCGUUGGGCUAUAUUAAAUAAUGAUUUCUUGAUUAAUAAAUCCUCAGAGAGUAAAACUUCAACAAAUUGAGCUAAAUUGACUCAAGGCUUUCCACAACUGUCAAAUUUUAUUCCAGUUUUUUUUCCUGAUUUGGAUUUACUUAAUACUUUUAAUUUUGUAAUAGCUCAAAUCUAAAAUUUGUCAGGCAGCAUAUAACCUCUACUAUUGAUAAACAUUUACUUGCCAGUAAUGUGAAGGAAAUAUUUUGAGAUACAUCUGAUUACUGUAUAUUUUAUACAGAUCUUCCCAUCUGUGUGUUGAGUCCAGAGCUUUUCAGGUAUUUCUAGAAAUCAGGCUCUUCACCUUCUCCUUCGAGAGGUGCUGAGGUUUCCCACUAAGAAUGAACUUAACGCCACCAUUUCUCUCCCUUCCUAAGGGGGACUCUACUUGCUGAAAGUUUCAAGGGAAUGAAAUGUUUUCUCUCAAAAGGUAGGAACCUGUUUGUAGUGGUAUUAGUAAUACUUCAGAGUCAUGCCAUGUUUCUAAAAUAUUCAUUUAAAAAAUAAACUUACACUUCAUCCCUAAA